CUUGCCCGAGGUCACACAGCUAGUCUCACGCCCCACUCCUCCCGCCUUCCCCCUGCACCAUGGCUCCGGGCCCCUUCUCCUCGGGGCUCCUCUCGCCGCCGCCUGCUGCCCUGCCCUUUUUGCUGCUGCUCUGGGCCGGGGCGUCUCGUGGUCAGCCCUGCCCCGGCCGCUGCAUCUGCCAGAACGUGGCGCCCACGCUGACCAUGCUGUGCGCCAAGACCGGCCUGCUCUUCGUGCCGCCGGCCAUCGACCGGCGCGUGGUGGAGCUGCGGCUCACUGACAACUUCAUCGCGGCUGUCCGCCGCAGAGACUUCGCCAACAUGACCAGCCUGGUUCACCUCACCCUGUCCCGUAACACCAUCGGCCAGGUGGCCGCCGGCGCCUUCGCCGACCUCCGCGCCCUCCGCGCCCUGCACCUCGACAGCAACCGCCUGGCCGAGGUGCGUGGCGACCAGCUCCGCGGCUUGGGCAACCUCCGCCACCUGAUCCUCGGCAACAACCAGAUCCGCCGGGUGGAGUCCGCCGCCUUCGAUGCCUUCCUGGCCACCGUGGAGGACCUGGAUCUGUCCUACAACAACCUCGAGGCCCUGCCGUGGGAGGCUGUGGGCCAGAUGGUGAACCUGAACACCCUCACGCUGGACCACAACCUCAUCGACCACAUCGCCGAAGGGACCUUCGUGCAGCUGCACAAACUGGUUCGCCUGGACAUGACCUCCAACCGCCUGCACAAACUGCCCCCUGAUGGGCUCUUCCUGAGGUCCCAGGGCUCGGGGCCGAAGCCGCCUACGCCGCUCACGGUCAGCUUCGGCGGCAACCCCCUGCACUGCAACUGCGAGCUGCUCUGGCUGAGGCGGCUGACGCGGGAGGACGACCUGGAGACGUGCGCCACCCCCGAGCACCUCACCGACCGCUACUUCUGGUCCAUCCCCGAGGAGGAGUUCCUGUGUGAGCCCCCGCUGAUCACGCGCCAGGCGGGGGGCCGGGCCCUGGUGGUGGAGGGCCAGGCGGUCAGCCUGCGGUGCCGCGCCGUGGGGGACCCCGAGCCCGUGGUGCACUGGGUGGCGCCCGAUGGGCGGUUGCUGGGGAACUCGAGCCGGACCCGGGUGCGGGGGGAUGGGACGCUGGAUGUGACCAUCACCACCUUACGGGACAGCGGCACCUUCACCUGCAUCGCCUCCAACGCCGCCGGGGAAGCCACUGCGCCCGUGGAGGUGUGCGUGGUGCCCCUGCCUCUGAUGGCGCCCCCGCCAGCCGCCCCGCCGCCUCUCACGGAGCCCGGCUCCUCUGACAUCGCCACGCCCGGCCGCCCUGGUGCCAACGAAUCGGCCACCGAGCGCCGGCUCGUGGCGGCCGAGCUCACCUCGAACUCGGUGCUCAUCCGCUGGCCCGCCCAGAGACCUGUGCCCGGCAUCCGCAUGUACCAGGUCCAGUACAACAGCUCCGCGGAUGACUCCCUUGUCUACAGGAUGAUCCCAUCCACCAGCCAGACCUUCCUGGUGAAUGAUCUGGCAGCAGGCCGCGCCUACGACCUGUGCGUGCUGGCUGUCUACGACGACGGGGCCACGGCACUGCCGGCCACGCGAGUGGUGGGCUGCGUGCAGUUCACCACCGCUGGGGAUCCCGCGCCCUGCCGCCCACUGAGGGCCCAUUUCUUGGGUGGCACCAUGAUCAUCGCCAUCGGGGGCGUCAUCGUCGCUUCGGUCCUCGUUUUCAUCGUUCUGCUCAUGAUCCGCUAUAAGGUCUACGGCGACGGGGACGGUCGCCGCGUCAAGGGUACCUCCAGGUCGCCGCCGCGGGUCAGCCACGUGUGCUCGCAGACCAACGGCGCAGGCGCCCCGCAGGCCCCUCCCCCGCCGGCGCAAGACCGUUACGAGGCGCUGCGCGAGGUGGCGUCCCCCGCUGCUGCCGCCGUGGCGGUCGAGGCCAAGGGCCCCGCGGCCGAGACGGCUUCCGCGGAGCCGGAGAACGUCCUUGGACGCUCCCUGGGCGGCUCGGCCACCUCGCUGUGCCUGCUGCCGUCUGAGGAAACCUCUGGGGAGGAGUCUCGGGCCGCGGCGGGCCCUCGGAGAAGCCGUUCCGGGGCCCUGGGGCCGCCAGCUUCGGCGCCUCCCACUCUAGCUCUGGUUCCUGGGGGCGCCCCGGCCCGGCCGAGGCCGCAGCAGCGCUAUUCGUUCGACGGGGACUACGGGGCGCUCUUCCAGAGCCACAGUUACCCGCGCCGCGCCCGGCGGACAAAGCGCCACCGGUCCACGCCGCACCUGGACGGGGCCGGAGGGGGCGCGGCCGGGGAGGACGGAGACCUGGGGCUGGGCUCCGCCAGGGCACGCCUGGCCUUUACCAGCACCGAGUGGAUGCUGGAGAGUACCGUGUGAGCGGCAGGCGGGCGCCGGCACGCCUGGGUGCCGCGGACAAACGCCCAGCCGCCCGGACGCCGGGGCAGGACUCGCGGGAGAAAGCGCGGCGCCUAGUCGUCGGACUAUAGAGGCGGAGACUCGCCCUUCUCCUCCCCGGAGGGGGCGGGACUGCCUCGUCUGCGGCUCUUGGCCACGCCCCCGGGCCCCGGGGAGUUAGGGGGCGGGCAGCCGGGCCCCCUUCCUCCACGGACUCCUCGCCUCCCUCCUGCCCCUCCCCCCGCGCGCUCGCGGACCUCGCUGGAGCCGGUGCCUUACACAGCGAAGCGCGGGGAGGGGCAGAGCCCCCCCGACACUGCAGCACUGAGACACGAGCCCCUUCCCCCCGCCCGGGACCCGGGGCAGGGGCGAGGGGCCCAUUUCUUGUAUCUGGCUGGACUAGAUCCUAUUCUGUCCCGCGGCGGCCUCCAAAGCCCCCACCCCACCCCAUUCACCUCCCUGGUCCCGUCGGGUCUGGCUUGGGGUCCCCCUUUUCUCUGUUCCCUUUGUCUCUGUCCCGCCCUCUGUCGUCUUUGUCUUACGUGUCUGUCCUUCCCUAUUUGUAUCUCCUUUCUCCGUCCCGUCGUCUCUUCUCCCUCUGCCCUCCCAUAUCUUGUCCAGUCUUCCUAUCUCUCCCGAUUACCUCUUCCCACUACACAUUCUCCCGGGCAGGUCCCACUGGAAGGACCAGACUCUCCCCUAUUCCUUCCUCUUUUCCCAAAUAAACCCCCACAUGAACAAAAUCCAAAACCAAAUCCCCCUCCCUGCCGGAGCCGGGACCCUC